GCGGGCCGCUAGCCGGGCGCGGGCCGCCAUGCUCCUCGUGCUGCUCGUCUGGCUGGCUCCAGUGACGGGCCUGGAGCCAGCGCUGGACUUGCUGGACGGCCUGCAGCUGCGCAACGUCAGCAGGCAGGGAGUGAGCGCGGUGCCCGGCCCGCAGCACUUCCGGACAGCCUUCUACCUGCAAGGUGACUACAGGGACCUACGGUUACCUCCUUCCUCUUUCCAACGAGCAGUCGAUCUCCUGCGCCACAACACUGAGUUCACCCUAGCAGCAUCUCUGCGUCAGGAGGAAGCUAAUUCAGGAACUAUUAUUGCCUUUUCACAUGGUUUUAACAGGUAUUUGGAGCUGCAGUCAAGUGGUAGGAAAGAUGAAAUUCGUUUACACUACACAGCUCAGUAUGAUGCAACCAUCCAUGUGGAGGUAUUUCCAUACAGACUGGCAGACAAUAUGUGGCAUAAAGUGGCUCUUUCAGUAUCAGGUGCUCAAGUUGAACUCCUAGUUGAUUGCCAAAUACUUUAUCGUCGGUUAAUUCGGAUGCCUGAUCGUAAUUUUACUGCACCACAGUUAUCACUAUGGGUUGGUCAGAGGAACAGCAAGCAUUCCUUCUUUAAGGGUGCUGUAGAAGAAGUACGUAUCAUUGCUGGCCCUCAUGGAUACCUGAAGCAAUGCCCUCUCUUAGAUUCAAGCUGCCCUACAUGUGGGCAGUUUUCUUUGCUGCAGAGUACAGUUGAGCAGCUGACACAGAAUCUGUAUGAUCUCUCACAAAAACUCAUUGCAGCAGAAGAACGAAUAAGUAAAGUUGAAUCAUGUGAUUGCUACAAGUCAUGCCGUGUCAAUGGGUCAAUACAUACAGAUGGUGCAUCUUGGCAACAUGAUUGUGAAAUUUGUUCCUGCGUGCAUGGAGAUAUUCAGUGUCGACCUGUGCAGUGUCCAGAAGUCAACUGUAAGAAUCCUGUCCGUGAACCAGGAAAAUGCUGCCCUGUCUGCCGAAAACAGUGUCUCUUGAGAGGAGUGAUGUACGAUGAUGGUGAAUCAGUGAACCUACGCACUUGUGUGGACUGCCAGUGCCGGAAUGGUUUCAUGCAUUGUGUACGCCGUGAUCCAAACAUCACAUGUCCGCCACUUCCUUGCAGCCCACAGGAGCAGUUCUCUGUUCCUGAGGAAUGCUGCAAAUUCUGUCCUGGGGUGGAUUACUGCAAUAAGGGACAUAUGUGCCAUGAAAAUGCUACUUGUCUCAACUUACAAACUACUUAUGCAUGUCACUGCAACACUGGAUUUUCUGGAGACGGUCAUUUGUGCCAUGAUGUGGAUGAAUGCCAGCAAGAAGGUGGACUCGAUGGACAUCACUGCCAUUCCAAUACUCGCUGUGUCAACACUCCAGGCUCUUAUAUAUGUGAAUGUUUGCCUGGUUAUCGACGUCUUGAUAAGUUCAAUUGUGUGGAGUUGGAUGAAUGUAGCACAGGAGAACAUGGAUGCCAUAGCCAUGCUUCGUGUGUCAACACACUGGGAAGCUACCGCUGUCAAUGCCAGCAGGGCUAUGAAGGCGAUGGAUACAACUGUAAACCUGUGUGCAAUCAGACCUGCUUGAAUGGUGGAGAGUGCAUUGCACCAGGAAAGUGCCAGUGCAGACAAGGUUAUGUUGGUGAUUAUUGUGAACAAGAUCUUGAUGAAUGUAGCACUGAGAUGCAUAACUGCCAUCAAAGCUCACAAUGUGUAAAUAUGCCUGGUUGGUACUACUGUCGCUGUAAAACUGGUUUCCGUGCAUUGCCUCACCACGAUUCUGUCCUGGGAGCGAUAUGUCAAGAUGUAGAUGAGUGUUCUGAAGGUCUCCACACAUGUCAUCCCUCUGCAAAAUGUAUUAAUACAGAAGGGAGUUUUCAGUGUUCUUGUAGUGAUACUGAAACACCCAACUGCAAACUAAGUUGCAUGUUUGAGGGAGAUGAACUGAUGAAUGGUGGAGUUGUGACCCCAAAAGGCAGACCAUGUCAUCGCUGUGAAUGUUCUGAUGGUGUUGUCUCCUGUCGUGAUCCCAUAUGUGACUGCAGCCAACGAAGCAGUCGCAAUGAUAAAUGUUGUCCUCAGUGUGAUCCUAGUGCAGCUUGCCAUCAUCAAGAACUGAGGCAUGUUGUGUUUCGAAGUGGUGAACGUUGGAUCUAUCAGUGCCAAACAUGUGAAUGUCUGUAUGGAGAGAUUGACUGCUGGCCAAUGGAGUGCCCUCCUCUGCUGUGCAGUGAGCCCAUCCUGGCACCAGGUGACUGUUGUCCACGUUGUGAAGAUGAUCCCUGUCCACUGGAUAGAGGUGACAAUGGCAGUUCAGGACAGCCCUGUACAUAUGCUGGACAUUUGUUUGAAUCAGGCACCCAGUGGCAGAAUCCUCAUGACAAAUGUAGUACCUGUAAUUGCAAAGUGCCGUACUGCGCGCAAUUGGAUGGGAGGCUUUGCUGCAGUUAUGACUACAGUUGUGGUGACAGCCAGUUCAACAAGUCUGCACAGCCUACUGGAAGUACUUCACAUUCUUUACAGCUUAAUAGUGUUAUUAGUAAAGUUCCUGAUGAAAAUUCCCAAGCUAGGGUGGCAAGCUUAUUGUCAUCGCAAGCACAAGUUCGGCAGAUUACUCAGUAUGUCACUAGCAACAAGACAGUGGACAAAAGGUUAUCACAACCUGGCACAGAAAUGCCAGAGAACAAGACAAAACACUUUAUUGCUAGUGCUGUUUCUAACAGUUGUGAUGAUGGGUCAUCUUGUAGUGGGGACAGCCCAAUGCCUAAGACUCCAGCUCUUCCUAAAAAUUCUGGAGGUGGUCAUAUUGACACAAUUCCUGAAAAAACUGGUGUUAGUGUGGGACAGAUUAUUGAAAGUGUUACAGAAAAGGCUGUGGAGAACACCAGCUCACCACAGGCUUCAAUGGAUAUUGACAAUGGUGAUAACGUGGCCUGAAUUAACAAAUGUGAAUCGGUAAGAGCGAAACUUGUGAUUCUAAGUGUAUGUGGUUCAGUAAUGAAGCCAAAAGAAGAAAUGAAAUAAAACAUAAGGAAGCUUACAUAUGUGGUUGAGAAGAUCUAGUUUUAGUAGACCUGGGAGUGAGAGCAGCUGUUAGUUGUUUGCAUACAGGUGAGUGCCUGUCUUAGAUUCAGGUAAAUUAUGUUUGUGAAAUUGUUGUGGGCACAGUGCCUGUUGCUUGUGAAAGUGAACAUUUCCUCUUAAUGAGAUAAUACUUAUCUAAAUACAUAAACAGAACUGAAGUAUUAAUGUAGGCAAAUGUG